CAGCAGAAUCGUUCUCAGCUGCUCGUGUCGAAUUUGUCCACGCGUUACUCAAGCCAUCGAUGAAUCAAAACCGCAGUAAUUGUUGCGCGAGUUUGAGCAAUCGUUUAUAAUUGGUUUGCAGUCGCAAGUUCGCAACUCGUAGUCCGAGCCAGCUUUUGCGAGGAAAGAGUGCUUCGAUGUCACGGUCAGUCGGGCGGGAAAUGAGCGGCUAGGAAGCGUAACACGGCAAUGUCCCGCAGUUGUCGUCGAGCUAGCGCGACAUGAAGCGAGCAGUACCUGGCACAGGGACGCGCGACUGUUCUUUAUCUGAAAUGUGUCUCUCUUAUCGCGGUAGGCGGAAAUACCAGUGUCCAAUGUGUGGAUAAACGCUCUGUCCGCCAACUAAAUGCAUACUAACGAUCGCACGUCGCUUAUACGCUACAAUAUACGCUAUCCAUCCCGUAACCUGGCGCCGUGGUACUCUACAUCUAUUCCCCGACCUGUAGACUCGUCGGCGAGACCCUCUGAAAAAGCUUUCAAUGUUCGACAGCUCCAGCCACGAAAGCGUGGACGUUAACAGCACCGCGUGACUCGUGCACUUUGAGACGGAGACGGUUCAGAAGUAUCCAGUAUCAAGCAUGAACAAAUCUGUGGAGAAUCUGUUGAUAUCUAGCCACGAGGUAAUCAGUAGCAUCAAUUCUUCGAGCUUGAGCAGUCAAAAUAAUUUGGGUAACGUUGCACCCGUGGAUAAUCAGACUCAGGAGUCACCGGUUGGCUCUGCCGUCGAGCGUAGCAGUCCUGUGUCCAGUCCCAACUUAUCCCCACGUCCCAGUCCUAGAGCCCAUUCCAGGCGAGAGUAUUCCAGGUUGAACUCUGAUUCUUCGGCCAAAGAGUCGCUUCGUACAAACAAGUCGGAGGAUCAGCUGUCUCAGAAUUUGAUAAGCAGAUCGUCCGAUUCGGCAGAGCUCGGCAAGAGCUCGUCCCACGAGGGCAAAAAAGAGUCGCGUGGCAGCGAUCGCAGCAAGAAGAAGUCGUCCUGGUAUAAUGUGCUUUAUCCCACAUAUAAAUCUCGUUCCGAGGACUUUAAGCGAAUAUUUAAAGACGUGCCCGAUGAUGAGAAAUUGGUGGUAGAUUAUUCUUGUGCUCUGCAGCGUGAAAUAUUGGUACAUGGUAGACUUUAUGUGUCUCAAAACUAUGUGUGUUUUUAUGCUAAUAUAUUUAUGUGGGAGACAUUGGUCUCCUUACGUUGGAAAGACGUUACAUCCAUUACCAAAGAAAAAACUGCGCUUGUCAUCCCGAAUGCUAUCCUGAUAUGCACCGUUACUGACAAGUUCUUCCUAACAUCGUUUGGAGCGAGAGAUAAAACGUAUGUGAUGUUGUUUCGCGUUUGGCAAAAUGCUCUCAUUGGCGAGCCAAUGAGUAUGGCUGAAAUGCGGCAGCUUGUACACGCUUGCUACGGCGAUGAAUUGGGCUUGACGUCCGAUGACGAAGAUUACGUGCCACCGUUACCUGCGGCGGAUGACGACAAGUUGUCGACUCGUCUCUCCAUAGAAUCCUUCUCCGAAGCUGAAGUAGCCGCUAUGGAGAACACGGCGGCCCCAGUUGCGGAUCUCGUUUCUGCUGGCGAGCCUGUUGCUGAAUCUCAGAUUCAGCCACCAGCUCCGCCGAUACCCAAGCCGGAACUUGAUCCAACGGAUUUAAGCGACACGACGGAAAGCGAAGCCGAAAAACACGGCUUGAAAAUGAACAUACGGAGCACCAUGGUCUGUACCUCCCUGCAUGAAGGUCGGCAAGUUAAUAAAGCGACAUUGCCUAUUCACAUCGACCAGCUGUUCACCCUGCUCUUUACAAAUUCGAAAUUCUUCUUAGAUUUUCAUACUGCUCGCAAGACCACUGAUUUGAUACAAUCCGCGUGGACGCAAAAUCCAACUGGUCAAAAGAUGAGAACCCUUUCGUUCACGAUAUCCUUGACUCAAGCCAUUGGCCCGAGGACCUCGCAAGUUACGGAAACGCAGGUGAUGUUACCGUGCAGUAGGCCGGGCCACCUUUACUGCAUCGAUGUGGAAAGCGCUAACGCCGGUAUACCUUAUGCCGAUUCCUUCAGCGUUUUGACGCAUUAUUGUAUGAGUAAUGUUUCCGAGAAUGAGACAAGUCUCACGAUUUUCUCGCAAAUCAAGUACAAAAAGAGUGUGUGGGGUUUCAUGAAGAGUGUGAUUGAGAAGAAUUGUUGGGCAGGCCUAGAGGAGUACUUCAGUAGUUUAGUAAAAGCGUUGACAGUGGAGUGCGAGGAAGGUAGCGGAAGCGGAGGAAAGCGAAAGGGUCGAAAGCGACGGCGCGCGGCAGGCGUAGGUUCUACAUUGCAGACACACGCUUCCGAGCACAUAUCCGCGAAUCAUCAAAUUUCACCUUCGAAUCUGCCUCACGCUCACGCUGCUAGCUCUAGAAGCGAUACCAAUAUGAUUCUCAGCUCAAUGUUACUGGUGGCUGUAUUGUGCUUAAUGGUGAUCAAUGGCUUGUUGUAUUAUAAAUUAUGGGGAUUGGAAGAGGCUGCUGCAUAUACCAUUAUGGAUCUACAUGUCCUCAAAAACACACCAAAGACUGAAGAGGACUGGAUCAAUCUCUUGCAGCAACAAGAAAGUUUGCACAACGUGGAAAUGAGGAAAUGGCAAAGGGUUUUACACACAGCUGCACAAUUGCUUAGACAAACAGAAGAAUCUUUAACGGAACUGCAGAUGAGCAUCCAUCCCACUGCAACAGAAAAGAUGUUCUCGGUGUUGAAGCCAAGCUUAAAGAGUCUAAACGCGCACACCGGCGAAGACCGGCGAAGAAAAUCGGAGAUGUAAAAAUCUGAUCUGUUAAAUAGUCGGCAGAACACAACACAAGUUUUAAGUGUGUAAGAUAUUUGCAUUCGGGAAUUUUAAACGUGCAAAGGGGCAUCUACGAAUUGUUAAAAAUCAUGUGUAUCUUUCUCGAUAUUAUUUCAAGGCUGUCGCAAUAGUUCCAUAGGAUAUGCUAUAUAUGAUAUGUACAGUUUUGUGGAUCAAUUACAACUGUUACGUUAAUGUUAACGGUUUCAGUAUUUACUGUAUAGUAUAUUGAAUGUAAACUUGCUUUACAUUAUAUUUAAGCAUAUAUUGUCAAGUAAUGUGUUACGAGAAAUAAUAGAUGAUUUUUAGAAUGAA